AGUCCCUUAGUCGAGCAGAAUGGAGACUAUAAACUGAACCACUUCUUUCGGUUUUCACAUGAGUGAGUGGAAAACUUCAAUGUUGUUUUCACGCUAAAGUCGACAAGAGGAAGAGAAUCUACAAGUUCUUAGGAUAAAAGGCUAACGAACGUUAUAAGCACUUGUAAUUUGUGAGCUAUAAAAAGAUACUCCAAAAGUAAGGGGAUCUGCCAUAUUUUGAACCAGCUACUACCAUGGCAACCAACUCGGAAAGGCAGAUCGGUGAAACUCUCACGGACAGUUUUGUGAUGGAUCUCCUGACACCGGGGUAUCUACCCGACAUCUCGGCACUCCAGGUGCCAACAGCAUCGUACCAAGGACCUUAUAUGGAAAUUCUUGAACAACCUAAACAGAGAGGUUUCCGUUUCCGUUAUCCAUGUGAGGGCCCAUCUCAUGGUGGUCUACCAGGGCAGUAUUCUGAGAAAGGCAAAAAGUCAUAUCCGUCUGUUCAGCUCUGUAACUACCAAGGGCCUGCACGAAUUGUGGUAUCAUUAGUGACAGUAGAUGAACCUCCUAUGCCUCAUGCACACAGUUUGAUUGGCAAGAACUCCACUAAUGGAGUGGUGACAGUACAGAUUGGCCCAGAACAAGGAAUGACAGCAACGUUUCCCAAUCUUGGUAUUGAACAUGUCACAAAGAAAAUGGUUGGUAAAGUGCUUAUGGAUCGAUAUAUCAAGAUGCAGACCCUUCACACAGCUACAUUAAAUGCCCUAACAUCAGGAGAUGGAAAAGUGUUUGGUGUGGCAGGUUUAGUAGACCAAGCAAUGGUAGAUGGUGACAGAAGCUCUUUUGAUAAACGCUUGGCAGAAGCUGUGGCAGAGGAGGAAUCACAAAAGGUUCGCGCCAUGGUGGAAGAACAAAAGCAGAGUAUGAACUUGAAUGCUGUCAGGCUGUGUUUUCAAGCAUUUCUUCCUGAUGAAACUGGUGCUUUUACAAAAGCUUUGCAUCCCUGCAUUUCCAAUGCAGUUUACGAUUCAAAGGCCCCAUCAGCCUCAAAUCUUAAGAUUUGCCGUAUGGAUCGCAACUCUGGAUGCGUCAAAGGAGGUGACGAGGUUUACUUACUGUGUGAUAAAGUACAAAAAGACGAUAUUGAGGUUAUAUUCUAUGAAACUGAAAUGGAGACUGGUAAAAAAACAUGGGAAGAUCGUGGAGUGUUUUCCCCUACAGAUGUUCACAGACAGGUUGCCAUUGUUUUCAAAACUCCUGCUUACUGGAAUGUGGCUAUCGAACAACCUGUCAAGGUACAACUUGAACUACGGCGGAAGUCUGAUCAGGAGACAAGUGACCCAGUGGAGUUCACAUAUCAACCACAAAUGUUUGACAAAGAGCAAAUUGGAGCCAAAAGGCGAAAGAAGAUCCCACACUUCUCUGACUACCUUGGUGGUGGUGGUGGUGGAGGAGGCCCUGGCAUGGGUGGGGCAGGGGGAGGAGGUGGUGGCUUCAAUUUUGGUGCCUUUGGCUUCCUAGCACCAACCAUAGGCUUUUUACCAAAUUAUACAAACUCAGGAACUUCGCAGUCAGGCAAUCAAGGAGGUGGGAGCUCAUCACAGCAGGGGCAGUCACAUUCUUCUGGACAGACACAUGCAUCUGGACAGCCACAAGAAGCAGAUCUCAGUGAAUUAGCAUGGAAUCUUGCCGAGAAAUCAUCAGCUGCCAUGCGUGAUUAUGCUGCUACUGGUGACGUACGGUAUUUACUUGCUGUUCAGAGGCAUUUAACAGCUGUGCAAGAUGACAAUGGGGACACAGCUCUUCACCUUGCUGUUUUGAACGCUCGGCAAGAAGUAGUCCAGAGUCUGUUAGAUAUCAUGGCUAGCCUGCCAGAGUCAUUUGUCAGUGAAUACAAUUUCCUAAGACAAACACCUCUUCAUCUCGCCGCUAUCACAAAGCAACCUCGCAUGCUGGAAUGUCUGCUAAGAGCCAGAGCAAAUGCUAGAUCACGUGACCGUCAUGGAAACACUGCUGUGCACAUUGCAUGCAUGCACGGAGAUGCUAUGUGUCUGAAAGCAAUGUUGAACUUCAAUGUGACAAAAACUGUUCUUAACUGGCAGAAUUACCAAGGACUAACGCCAGUGCAUCUGGCAGUGCUAGCGGGCAGUAAAGAUGUCCUUAAACUGCUGAAUUCUGCGGGAGCCAACAUGAGCGCUCAGGAUGGCACUAGUGGUAAGACACCACUUCAUCAUGCAGUUGAACAGGACAAUCUGGCCGUCGCUGGAUUUCUCAUUCUUGAGGCGAACUGUGAUGUGGACGCAAUCACUCUCGAUGGAAACACACCACUGCACGUUGCUGCAGCCAGUGGGCUCAAGGGCCAGACCGCGCUUUUAGUUGCGGCAGGGGCCGAUACAACAGUACAGAACAGCGAUGAUGAAAUACCUUUUGACUUGGCAAAUGUAGCUGAGGUUCAGGAAAUCCUGGAUGAAGAUGAAAUACUGAGCACGGAUCCUUCCCAAGACGAUGAUUUAGCGAGUGGAUUAACUGGCCUUGCGCUUGGUCAAGGUGAUAUGGAUAAACUGGAUCCUUACGUCAGAAGAAUAAUGGCCCAAAAGUUGGAUCCCACCACUGGAGGUGGAGCGGACUGGCGUGAAUUGGGAAGGAGACUGGGACUAGGGACAUUGGAGAAUGCGUUCGCAAUUCAUUCAAGUCCAACAACACAGGUGUUGGCUCAAUACGAGGCUGCUGAUGGCAACAUCAAGACUUUACGGCAGGUUCUUUAUGACAUGCGUAGAGGAGACGUACUUGAGAUACUCGAUGGGCAUGGGCGGCAAGACUCAGGGUUUGAUUCCGGUCUUGGUUCCCAGUCCUUAUCGGCGAGUAGAUCGGAAGAAUUAUUUUCGUACGAUGAGGGUUUUUCGAAAGGAUCCUCUAAUUCCUCGUUAAAGAAAGGAGUAACGAGUCUUGACUCCACGCGAAAGGCUGGGAAUUUACAACCCAUCAGGAGACACCAAGAUGUGUGUUAACUCGACAAACUGUGUAAAAAAAUACACCUAGACUAGAGGCUUAUUUAGGCUUGUGCACCGGCAGUACGUAACAGUUUCACCGAAAAAGACGAAAGACUAGGAUUGUGAUGUCAAGACAGCGUGACAGAUGUAGAUCUAGUAUUAUUUUGCAUUGCGUGACUUAGGGUCAAUAUUUCUCGGUGCGCCGGGUACAACAGUCAAUCGUAUGACAUUCACACCCUCUUAUGGAAGGGUUGAUCGAAUUAUUAUAAGCUUCCCAUUGCAUCGUCUGACGGAACUUGAAGGUAACAGGUUUGAAUGUAAUAUUGUGUCAUUUAGUAAUAGUACUGAAUUCAUAGUGUAUUCCAGAUGAGUCGUGUUAUUAAAAUAUACCAUUUAUAUUCUAUUUUUCCUUACGCAAUCGGUGUUAUUUCUACAAUAGUUGGUUAGGUUUCGGAGAAGUUAUAACUUUGGGGCUUUAAAAGCCAACAUAACCAUGUCUAAUAUGAACUAGGUGUCAUUUUAGCUAAUAUUUACUCAUUUGUCACUAAAUUGUAGUCACUGUUUCGUUUUGCAAUCACAUUUUCUCUCAGGUGGGUUAUUUGAGAUUGUGAGGGAAGCGAAGAGGCUGAUAACUAGGCUCUGAUAGCGUAGGAGACUGGGUCAUGGUUUUCCUUUUUGCGUCAUAUUAUCUUGACGACUGUAGCACCCUGUUCUGGGAGUAAAUGGCCUCAAUUCUUGCAGUUGUAAAUUACUACAAUUAUUAAGCUUCUGUUAAAAUCUUUAUUUACGAAAUAUCAAUAAAACACAUUAAGAAAUCUA